AUGGCGACUGGUGUGGAGGAUCUCCUCGAGCUCCUCGACAUUCAUAUCGCCCAACGAUUCCUCGUGGUAUCGCCCGUCGACAUUGGUCUUCAUGAUCUCCUUUAUCAGCCAUAUCCUGGUGAAGUUGGCACUCUUGGACAGGCCUUUGCCGCCACUGCCACUGCCACUAUUGGCUCUACACAGUGA